AGGGGGAGGAGGGGGAGGGGUGAUCUCCUUCCACAUCCAGAUCGGGCUGAGCCGGGAGCCGGUGCUGCUGGACGCCGCCGAGCUGAGCCUGAGCCAGGUCCGGGAGGUGGCCUGCUCCAUCGUGGACCAGAAGUUGCCGGAGUGUGGCUUCUACGGGAUGUACGAGAAGAUCCUGCUCUUCCGCCAUGACGCCGCCUCCGACAACAAGCUGCAGCUGCUGCGCUCGGCCUCGCAGAUCCAGGAGGGAGACCUGGUGGAGGCCGUGCUGUCAGCUUCAGCCACAGUGGAGGACUUCCAGAUCCGUCCUCACUGCCUGUUCGUCCACUCGUACCGAGCUCCGGCCUUCUGUGACCACUGCGGAGAGAUGCUGUGGGGACUCGUACGGCAGGGACUCAAAUGUGAAGGCUGCGGUCUGAACUAUCACAAGCGCUGUGCCUUUAAGAUCCCCAACAACUGCACCGGGGUGAGGAGGCGUCGGCCAUCCAAUGUCUCCCUGACCGGUGGGAUCAUCAACCUGGGCCGCCCACUGUCUGCCGAGCCUUCACCACCGCACUACACCGAUGACGCUUUGCUGUCUCCCGUCAGUCCAAGUAUGGAGCAGAAGAACCAGUUGGAUUACUUCCCCGGCCGGGAGAGGCGCUCCAGCUCCCAGUCGUACGUCGGCCGUCCCAUCGAGCUGGACAAGAUCUUACUGUCAAAGGUCAAAGUUCCCCACACCUUCCUGAUCCACUCGUACACCCGGCCCACCGUGUGCCAGCACUGCAAGAAGCUGCUGAAAGGCCUCUUCAGGCAGGGUCUGCAGUGCAAAGAUUGUAAAUUUAACUGCCAUAAAAGAUGUGCUCCAAAAGUGCCAAACAACUGCUUGGGAGAGGUUUCCAAAAAUGGAGAGCUGCUGAGUCCGGGGGCGGAGUCAGACGUCGUCAUGGCGGAGGGUUGCCUUGACGACCCUGAAAUGGACAGAGGCGGUGGACUGCUCGAUGACAUGGACGAAGCGCUGACAUCGGAGGGAAGUCUGCUCCUGGAGGCGGGGCCAAGCGACCUGUGUGACCUCCAUGACCCCGAUCUGGAUGAGUCCAACCGUGCCAUCAGCCCGUCCACCAGUAACAACAUCCCUCUGAUGCGAGUGGUUCAGUCCGUCAAACACACGAAGAGGAAGAGCAGCAACGUGAUGAAGGAGGGCUGGAUGGUCCACUACACCAGCAAGGACUCUCUGAGGAAACGACAUUACUGGCGGCUGGACAGUAAAUGCAUCACGCUGUUUCAGAACGACACAGGAAGUAAAUACUACAAGGAGAUCCCCCUGUCGGAGAUCUUGUCCCUGGAGCCGGCCCAGACCUUGUCGCUGCUCCCGGAUGGAGCCAACCCUCACUGCUUCGAGAUCGCCACCGCCUCGCUGGUUUACUACGUGGGAGAGAACCUGCAGAGGGCCGAAUCCUCGGUGAGCGGCAGCAGCAUCCUGGUGAGCGGCGUGGGGCAGGACGUGGCCCGGAUGUGGGAGAUGGCCAUCCAGCACGCUCUGAUGCCGGCCGUCUCCACCGGAGUGUGCCGCAGCUCCCACCGCACCGGACACAAGGAAGUUUCCAUCAGCAUCUCCGUGUCCAACUGUCAGAUCCAGGAGAACGUGGACAUUAACUCCGUCUAUCAGAUCUUCCCUGAUGAGGUUCUUGGUUCAGGACAGUUUGGCAUCGUGUACGGAGGUAAACACAGGAAGUCUGGUCGAGACGUAGCGAUCAAAAUCAUCGAUAAACUGCGAUUUCCCACCAAACAGGAGAGUCAGCUACGCAAUGAGGUGGCCAUCCUGCAGAGUUUGCACCACCCGGGCGUGGUGAACCUGGACUGCAUGUUCGAGACCCCGGAGCGGGUGUUCGUGGUGAUGGAGAAGCUGCACGGCGACAUGCUGGAGAUGAUCCUGUCCAGCGAGAAGGGCCGGCUGCCGGAGAGGAUCACCAAGUUCCUGGUCACGCAGAUCCUGGUGGCUUUGCGUCAUCUCCACUUCAAGAACAUCGUCCACUGUGACCUGAAGCCUGAGAACGUUCUGCUGGCCUCUGCAGACUCUUUCCCUCAGGUGAAGCUGUGCGACUUCGGAUUCGCCCGAAUCAUCGGUGAGAAGUCGUUCAGGCGUUCGGUGGUGGGCACGCCAGCCUAUCUGGCCCCCGAGGUGCUGAGGAACAAAGGAUACAACCGCUCCCUGGACAUGUGGUCGGUAGGAGUCAUCAUCUACGUCAGCCUCAGCGGAACUUUCCCCUUUAAUGAAGAUGAAGACAUCAACGAUCAGAUCCAGAAUGCUGCCUUCAUGUACCCUCCUCACCCCUGGAAGAAAGUCUCACAGGAAGCAAUCGACCUGAUCAACAACCUACUGCAGGUGAAGAUGAGGAAGAGGUACAGCGUGGACAAGACCCUCAGUCACCCCUGGCUACAGGACUACCAGAUGUGGGUGGACCUGAGGAAUCUGGAGUCCCGCAUGAACGAGCGCUACAUCACCCACGAGAGCGACGACCUGCGCUGGCACCACCACGCCCAGCUCAGCGGCCUGGACUACCCGGCCCACCUGGCCAACGGCCCCCCACAGACCGUGGUGGAGCGCUACAAGGAGCCGCAGGAGGAGCUGGAGACCCUGAGCGAGAGGGUCAGUGAACUCUGAGGGGCCGUGGCAGGAAAUGACUGGAAUACAGUG